AUGGGACUUAAGGACAUAUAUGAGCAUACCAGAAGCCAAGUACUGCUCAUGGACCCUUUGCUUGUCAUAACACCACUCGCUGUUAAAAUAGCUCUUGGUGCAAAGUUAAAACUUGGCUUCAUUAAUGGAAGCUACAAAAUUUCAAUUAGAGACUCACCACUUUAUGAUCAGUGGACAAGAGUAAUCUGCAUGAUAACAUCUUGGAUACUGAAUUCUAUUUUUAAAGAAAUAGUGGAGGCUUUCUUGUACUCUUCUACUGCUAGAGAGUUAUGGUGUGAGCUCGAGGAAAGAUAUGGAGAAUCAAACAGUCCAAUUUUGUACCAACUACAAAGAGAAACUAGUUCCAUCACUCAAGGACGACUUAUGUCAGUUAUUCAAUACUACAAUAAGCUUAAAACGUUAUGGGAUGAACUAACUUAUUUGAUGCCAAUGCCAGAGUGUGUAUGUGGAUCUGAAAAGGCGGUGGCAGAGAUAACAUCUUUCAAUCGCUUAAUGCAGUUCUUGAUGGCACUUAAGGACAUAUAUGAGCAUACCAGAAGCCAAGUAUUGCUCAUGGACCCUUUGCUUGUCACAACACCACUCGCUGUUGAAAUUGCUCUUGGUGCAAAGUUAAAACUUGGCUUUAUUAAUGGAAGCUACAAAAUUUCAAGCAGAGACUCACUAUUUUAUGAUCAGUGA